UGCCAGCGACUGGCCAAAGAAGGGGUCUCAGUCUUCCAUGAACAGAGCUCCCCCUUGGAUAUUCCCGGACUUAGGUUUAGUGCCAAGGUGUUCAGUGUUUUGUGUGUAACGGAGGCAUGAGAAGAAACUAAUGAAAUGGAUUUGAUGACAGUGGUUGGUUUCGCUGUGCUGACAAUCACUGUUCCAGCAUUAGGAGCCAAAGUGCUCCGUGAGAUUUACGAGCCUAGAGGGCAACGGAUCUGUAAGCGCGGCACUGAUAAGCCCUGCUAUAAAAUCGCCUACUUCCAGGACAUUCGUCGCAAAGUGAACUUCGAGGAGGCCACCCGAUCUUGCAGAAGCGACGGAGGAGAGCUCCUGAGCAUCGAAUCGUCCACGGAACAGAGGCUGAUCGAAGGUUUUAUUCAGGAACUGAAAGCUUCGGACGGAGACUUCUGGAUCGGCCUUCGCAGGGAGCCAAACUACGAAGAGACGAUCGGAGACUGCGCAUCUCAGUACUACUGGCUGGAUAGCAGCCGAUCGGAUUUCAGGAAUUGGCACCGGGACGAGCCCUCGUGUGGCUACGAAGUGUGCGUGGUAAUGUAUCACCAGCCGUCAGCUCCUCCGGGUCUCGGAGGCCUCUAUAUGUUCCAGUGGAACGACGACAACUGCGAGACCAAGAACAACUUCAUCUGCAAGUAUACCAAAGAUAGAGCUCCAGUCCCCACCACUGCAGGGAACAGAACACAUGCAGACACGUUGCCAACAGCAAAAGUACCUAUGAACCCCUCGGUCACAGUCUCCGAUGAUGAUAGGAUGAAGGUCGUUGUUUCUGAACCUACAGAUAACGUUCUCAACGUUGCAUACUUUGUCCUCCCCACAAUACCACUACUACUGCUCCUUAUAGUUGCAACCGGAGUUUUCUGCUUCAAGCUGUUCACAAAAAGGAAAAAGGAGCGUGAGGAAACCUCAGUUCAGGAGCCUGGCUACUGGGCAUCGAAUGAUCGCUGCCCCAGUCCCAGCCCGGACGUGUACAACGUGAUCCGCAGGCAGCACGAGGCGGACCUGGCCGGCACGCGCCCGGACAUCAAAAAUACAUCGUUCCUGGGCUCGUCGCCCGACACGCCCACUGCCGACUAUGACAACCUGGCCGGCCAUGACACGGAGAGCGGCUUUGUCACACUGGCCAGCACUGAGAGUGGCUUCGUCUCCAACGACAUUUACGAAACGUGCACUGGUGGCCGCAGCGGCAGCAAGUACUACCGUGAGCAUGGCUGGCUGGACAAUGAGCUGUAUGGCUACUGAAGAAGAGGGGGGCGUGUCGUUG